AUGGCCAGGCCGAAGGGCCCCGUAUUCAAUGUAGAUUUCCUUGAGCCAAACACCUUAACUGAGGCUGAGUUGGCAAAAAUUAGGGUUGAGUAUCACAUACCGGAUUUAGUAGUGAUGCGACUCCAGGGGCCAUUAGAGUCCUUAAGCGAUCCAGAGGAGGAGGUGGUCUUCUCCACCAAUGUCUUCAAGCACGGCCUUCAGCUUCCGUGGAGGCAUUCGGUGCAGAUGAUUUUGGCACAGAUCGGCUACGCUCCUAGGCAGUUUAGUCCGAACUUCUGGAUUACACUACUCGGGACAAUCACGGAGUUCGACAUAACUGGUGAGGGAGAACCGAGCUAUGAGUAG